GCACACCGUCAAACCGUUUACAAAUCAGAAUCAGAGACCCCUCCCCUUCCUGCCUUGCCUUCCGGUGCCAAGCCAACAACCGACGCACGAAGCAGCCGACGGAGUCGCGGUGGCGCACCGCGCACGGCGAGUUGACCAGGAUUCCCCUCCCCGACCCCGCGCACAAGCGCUAGGCCCCCCCACGGGCGGGCGAUGGGCACGCCGGAGUUCCCCGACCUGGGGAAGCACUGCAGCGUCGGCGACUGCAACCAGAUCGAUUUCCUCCCCUUCACCUGCGACCGGUGCGACCACGUCUUUUGCCUUCAGCACCGAAGUUAUACAUCACAUAAAUGUCUGAAUGCAAAUAAAAAGGAUGUAACUGUCCUCAUCUGCCCACUCUGUGCUAAAGGAGUUCGCCUGAAUCCAAAUGAAGAUGCAAACAUCACCUGGGACUCUCAUGUUAAUACCGACUGUGAUCCAUCAAAUUACCAGAAAGCAACAAAGAAAAAGAAAUGCCCAGUUCCUGGGUGCAGAGAAGCACUGACAUUUUCAAACACAAUCAGGUGCAAAGAUUGCAGCAAUGAACACUGCCUCAAGCACAGAUUUGGUCCUGAUCACAAGUGUCCGGGUCCAAGAAAACUGGAGCCUACCUUCCCCUUUUCCAACAUGCUAAGGAGAAGUCAGAAAGUCCAGCCACGCACGAGCAGCAGUAGCAGUAGCGGUAGUUCGUCCUGGUGGAGCUCCAGCCUUUUGAAUGCAGCAUCAAGUUUGAGAUCAUCGGCAGAAGCUGGAAUGCAAAAAUUGAGCAUUGCCACCAGUGAAGCCGUCCAGAUGGCUAAGGAUGGGAUCACCCCGAACAGUGCUAGUAGCAGUGGCCUCGUGGAGCAAUGUGUUCAGUGUCCAGCAAAAUUUUCCACUGUGGGGGCCCUAAUUGAGCACGCUGAGAAAUCCCAUGGGAACAACUCACAGUCGAGUCGUGGUAAAGUGACCAUCGAUGCUUGCCCCAAGUGUAGCAAGGGAUUUCGAGAUCCAGUCUUGCUCGUUGAGCAUGUUGAGAAGGAACAUGGAGGAACGUCAAAAGCAUAAACCUGCUCCUGCUCCUGAGUCAUUUCUCAUGAGUACUGUUAUACCUGAUUGCUUUGUAAAAUUUACUCCUUAUUUAAUCGAUUUGAUUAUACCCCGAUGAACUUUAGCUUCAAAGAGUGCACAUGGUAAGAUUGCCUUU